UGUCAGUGCGGCGGGGCGCGCGAGUGGCGCGGGCGCUGGGUGGGCCGAGAGAAGCUGAGGGGGCGCUCGCGGCAGCUGGAGCGACUCCCGCGCUUGUGUUCAGCUCCUCACGCCGCGGUCGGGGCCGCCUUCUUCCUCCCUCUUUCCCUCCCUUCCGCCCCCGAGUGCGGCGGCACCGCCUCCUUCCGCGCCGCGCGGCUUCCUCCAGACCUCUUGGUGCGGGGGACUCCAGGUCUCAAGCUCAACUCAAGUUCUCUGGGGUUUUCGCUCAAGAACAGCGUGAGCCCUGUUCCCAGAGGCAGGUGGUGCUGACCCUGUAAUCCAAAAGAGGAAAUCGCUGGCUGAGCUCAGCCUUGGUACUGGAAGAUUGAUGAGUUCAGCUACACUUCGCCCUCUUUCUGGUGUGUGUGAUUUUGGUAUGAACCAGGUGGCCACCAUGUCCUUAAAGAUCCAGACAAGCAACGUGACCAACAAGAAUGACCCCAAGUCCAUCAACUCUCGGGUCUUCAUUGGAAACCUCAACACAGCGGUGGUGAAGAAGUCAGAUGUGGAGACAAUCUUCUCCAAGUAUGGCCGUGUGGCUGGCUGUUCUGUGCACAAGGGUUAUGCCUUUGUCCAGUAUGCCAACGAGCGCCAUGCCCGAGCAGCUGUGCUGGGAGAGAAUGGGCGGGUACUGGCCGGGCAGACCCUCGACAUCAACAUGGCUGGAGAGCCCAAGCCCAACAGACCUAAGGGGCUAAAGAGAGCAGCAUCUGCCAUAUACAGUGGCUACAGCUUUGACUAUGAUUACUACCGGGACGACUUCUACGACAGGCUCUUCGACUAUCGGGGCCGCCUGUCACCAGUGCCAGUGCCCAGGGCAGUCCCUGUGAAGCGACCUCGGGUCACAGUCCCCUUGGUCCGGCGUGUCAAAACCACCAUACCCGUCAAGCUCUUUGCCCGCUCCACUGCCAUCACCACCGGUUCAGCCAAGAUCAAGUUAAAGAGCAGUGAGCUGCAGACCAUCAAGACAGAGCUGACGCAGAUCAAGUCUAACAUCGAUGCCCUGCUGGGUCGCUUGGAGCAGAUUGCUGAGGAACAGAAGGCUAAUCCAGAUGGCAAGAAGAAAAGUGACAGCAGCAGUGGCAGCGGUGGCGGCUGUAGUGGUGGCAGCAGCCGGCCGCCAGCCCCCCAGGAGGACACAGCUUCUGAAGCAGGCACACCCCAGGGAGAAGCACAGGCUCGAGACGACGGUGAUGAGGAGGGGCUGCUGACCCACAGCGAGGAAGAGCUGGAGCACAGCCAGGACACAGAUGCAGAGGAUGGGGCCUUGCAGUAAGCAGCCUGACAGGAGCGAUGGCCACCGGCAGGAGAAGGGCGUGCACUGUACCAGGCCUUGAGCUGGGCACCCACCCCUGGAUACCACCCCCAGCGGGUCCCAGAGGAGAGCUGGCAGCAGGCACCUCCUCCCCCCCACAUACCAGCCAUGCCACAUCCUCUGCAGGUGGAGUUAUUGGCCUCCCCUCCCCAUGCACCUUUCUGUUGGCCUGCCCAGUCCAAAGGGCAGAGCACAGAGGUUUCUCCACACUCUGCUUCCCCUCCCCAGGACACUCCCAGGCUUGGGGUUUUUCUAUAGGUUUGGACGGGAGGGUGGCCACAGGGAGGGGACCCUGACAAUAAAGAGAUUGGAUCCCAA